CCCAGAUAAAAAAAGGUACGUGCCAGAAACCUCAACCAAGUUCUCUGUCUUUUUUCCGAGAUCCCCAAGUCGUUUGUCGUAUGCCAGCGUUGAAAGUGAAAUGGUGGAUUCCUGCUCUGUGGAUGGCUUUUUGGACCCUCCAAGUGCAAGCCCAAGAAGCUUCACCGGCAGGCGAAGAAGAUGAAGCUAAUGAAUGCAGUCAAGAAUUGAUUGAAAAUUAUGACAUGGGUAUGCGUGUUGGAUCGCUUUUUAUUAUCCUGGGCACUAGCGCUAUAGGCGUUUAUGCUCCCAUGAUUUUGCACCGAACCAGUCCUUAUUCUGAAGGCUCUAUCCGUGACUGGGUCUUGGCUAUUGGCAAAUUCUUUGGCACGGGUGUUAUCUUGGCAACGGCGUUUGUUCACAUGCUGCCUGAGGCUAUGGAGAAUUUCGAGAGUCCCUGUCUUACAGGAGGCUGGCUUUCGUAUGGUGCUUUUGCCGGUGUCUUUUGCAUGCUAGCCUCGUUUGCUCUUCAGCUUUUGGAACUCGCCAUGGUAGCCCACCUUGAAAAGCUCCGUCGGAAAAGCCAAACGGUCAUGAACUCAUCCAUCUCGGAGAAAACGGAUCUCGAAGUAUCGGCAGUUCACGCUGACGAUACCUGUCACUACGAUGCCCACGCCCACGCUGGAGGCUUAAUGGAAGAAGAUGCCUUUAAGCAUGUGGGAACCUAUAUCCUGGAGCUCGGUAUUAUGAUGCAUUCCAUUCUCAUCGGUAUUACCCUCGCCAAUACGGGCAACAGCGAAUUUACCACGCUUUUGAUUGCCCUCGUUUUCCAUCAGUUCUUUGAAGGCAUGGCGCUUGGUACACGUAUCAAUGAGCUGUCUUACCAAGGGUGCCUCAAGCCGGUCAUCAUGGGCUUCUUUUAUAUUAUCAUGACACCCAUUGGCGUUGCCAUUGGUAUCGGCAUUCACAGUUCGUUUAAUCCUGGUUCUUACUCGGCGGUGCUCGCGAACGCCAUCCUGGACUCUCUUUCGGCGGGUAUUCUUCUCUACAAUGCUUACGUCUCUCUUAUGAGCAUGGAAAUUAGUCACAACCAUGACUUUAGAAAAACUUGCACGCACCGCAAGAUUGCCUGCUUUUUAGCUAUGUACAUCGGGGCAGGCCUUAUGUCUUUGCUAGGAAAAUGGGCUUAAUAUUUUAAACAUAAAGAGCCCUCUCACUCUGUCAUACAUCAUUCAUCCUUGUAGCAUUCUUCCUCUGUAUCAUUGAUCUUUACUGGUCUGUUUAUUUAAAAAUUUAUUUAAUUGAUUUAUCACAACCAC